CCUGCCUGCCUGCCCAGUGUCUCACUGCCUUGUUGUUUUUACUCUCUCUCUCUCUCUGUCUCUCUCUCUCUCACACACACACACCUCUUCACAUGUAACGCACGUUUCUCUUUCCAUGGUCUUCAAAACCCCAUACUUUUCUAUGCUGUAACCUCCGAAAGCAAGAUUUCUUGUGGAGAUUGCCCUUGACUUGGUAAUGUACGGUGUGAGUGAUGAAAAACUUUGUAUUUUUGUUUGGUGAGCUGAAACCAACCUGAUAAUUUUAAAUUUUUGACCCACACUGUUCAUUUGUGUGCUUGUUCGUUGUGUUUGGUUCAGAAUUUUCUAGGGUUUUUCCAAAGUUUCUAUCCUUAUGUUAGUUCUAAAGAUUACUUUACUGUUGAUGGUGGUCCUUUCCUUGCAUUUACAUUUUGUGUUCUGGGUCAUGUGCAUUUCAGUAUCUUUAGCCUUCUAAAAACAUAUAUUUUGUUAUGUGGAUUUGAGUGAUAGUGAUGGUUUUUUGAAUUUGUUGCUGUAAGUUAAAAAGAUAGUCUCAUUUCAAGGUUUAUUAGAGUUUUGAUUGGUUUGUUUGGUUUUUUCUUUCUGGGUUUUGUUUUUGUUUGAUGAGGCUUGAUUGUGAGUGGUAAUUCGGGUCAUGCCUGACUGGGUUUGGGUUGGUAAAGGCUUAGGAGAAUUGAAAGAGCUGCAGUUGGUGCUCUGAGGUAGUUGUGAGAUAUGGUAUUGUAAUUCAUUUUUUAGUUUCCAAAGAGAUGGUGUUAGGUCCUGAUUCUAUCAACGUGGCUGAUUGGACUGUGGGAAAAUCAAAGUUAAAGAAGAAGAAAGAUGGUGAAGCUGAGGAAAGUGGAUGUUGGAUUAAGUUUAGGUUCAUUGGGAGCUGCAUUUCUUCAAGAACAAGGGUUGAUAGCUCCAUAAGUGGCACUAGCACACAAUAUGCGGAAAGCAAAACAACAAAUGAUUCCAGUAGAGACCAACCAGCUGUUCAAGUGGGAUCAUCCUCGAGCACUAGCAAUGUUGAAAGUUCUCCAUCUACUCCCAAUAUCGGCGAGGAAAUUAAAGUUUCCUCUCAGCUUCGAAAAUUCUCCUUUAAUGAGCUCAAAUCAGCAACAAGGAAUUUUAGGCCUGAGAGUAUUCUUGGCGAGGGAGGGUUUGGUUGCGUAUUCAAAGGUUGGAUUAAUGAGAAUGGAACUGCUCCAGUGAAACCUGGCACAGGGCUAUCUGUUGCUGUAAAAACUCUCAACCAUGAUGGACUUCAGGGACAUAAAGAAUGGCUUGCUGAAGUUAAUUAUCUCGGUGACCUUCUUCAUCCUAAUUUGGUUAAAUUAAUUGGCUAUUGCAUUGAGGAAGAUCAAAGACUUCUAGUCUAUGAGUUUAUGCCUCGAGGAAGCUUGGAGAAUCACCUCUUUAGAAGAUCCCUGCCUCUUCCCUGGUCUGUCAGAAUGAAAGUACUGCUUGGCGCUGCAAAGGGCCUUACCUUUCUUCAUGAGGAAGCUGAACGGCCAGUGAUAUAUCGAGAUUUCAAAACAUCUAAUAUCCUACUAGAUGCAGACUACAAUGCCAAGCUUUCUGAUUUUGGACUUGCCAAAGAUGGUCCAGAAGGGGACAAGACUCAUGUAUCUACCCGCGUCAUGGGAACAUAUGGUUACGCAGCCCCCGAGUAUGUAAUGACAGGUCAUCUCACAUCCAAGAGUGAUGUCUAUAGCUUUGGGGUUGUUUUACUUGAAAUGUUGACUGGUCGAAGAUCCAUGGACAAACACCGACCAAAUGGUGAGCAUAAUCUGGUGGAAUGGGCACAGCCACACCUAGGGGAGAGGAGAAGAUUCUACAGAAUGAUAGACCCUCGUCUUGAAGGACGCUUCUCCAUCAAAGGUGCUCAGAAGGCAAUCCAAUUGGCUGCACACUGCCUUAACCGUGACCCCAAAGCCAGACCUCUGAUGAGUGAUGUAGUUGAAGCCCUAAAGCCUCUGCCUUACCUCAAGGACAUGGCCUGUUCUUCAUCGUACUUUCAAGCCAUGCAAUCAGAACGAGGCAGCUCCAAUCCAAGCGCUCAGAAUGGAAAUAGAGUGCGGCCAGGGUUUUCUAGGAAUAUGCAACCAACAAAGAGCUUCCCCAAAUUCAAUGGUCAUCAUGGUAACAGUUAUUACUGGUCACCCGUUCCUAAAGCAGGAGAACCAUAGCAUUGAGUCCAUGUCCUUUCUUUUUCAACCCCUUUCAUUUCCUUGAAUGAUAGUAUUGGUUAAAGAUCAUACUUGGGACCUUGAAAGGCCUUAUGGGGUGUUUUUGGAAGAUAAUGCGGGAUGUUCCUUCUUUCCUUUUUCCUUUUUGAGAGGAUGGUAGUCUGAGACGCUACUGUUGAUUGUGCAAUGUUUUGUUUCUGUAGUUUCAUCGUUUUUUGUAGGUUGGAAAUGCCCUGACCAAACUACAUUCAGCUUUGGAAU